AUGAGAAUCACCUCCACGUGUUCACUGAUCAGUCUCCUGGGUCAUACGGCCUUGGCGAAAUGGCCGACAGUCGAUGAGGCUGGGGUUCGGGAGGCCAUCAACACCAAUGAACAUACUUUGGUAGCAUAUGUCCUGGCAAAUGAUGAACCACACACAAACCUUGAGAAGGAAUGGUCGUCGGUGCAGAAAUCAGCAGAAAAGGACACGGUGCUUACAGUGGACUGCUCAACCCGUGCAAAGCUUUGCGGCGAGUUUAACAUCGUCUCCUUCCCGACCAUUAGACUUCACCAAAAGGAUGGCACAUUCGAACGCUAUCGUGGACCACGAAAAGCUAAAGAGUAUGUCGUGGCGCAUCUUCCACCGUUCCAACUUGACGUUCUGCUGACACAGGUUGUCAGAAUAAAAGCGUAUCUUCAGCGCAUGAAGAGAUCACCAAUAUCUGUGGUCAAUGAAAACAACAUAACCUCGUUUGCGACCACAGACGACGUGAUAUUUAUCGCUCAGUUCUCUGAGAAAGAUCAGUACCUUGAAGACCGUUACACUGAUAUGGUCCAUCAAUAUCGUGACCGAUACUCUUUUGCCGUCGGACCAGUGGCAGCCGAUAGCUCGUCGCUUCAAUGCAUCAAUAACGGAAAUCAGGAACAGUUCUCCACAACACAGCUUUCCAACCCAGCAUCGAUUGAAAAUUUUAUCAAGCAAUGCACACUUCCCUUGGUGCCAGAGUUAACUCGGCGUAACGAAGCCGAGUACAUGCGGCUUGGGAAAAGUAUCGUACACUACUUCGUGUCCGCCGACGAGGAUCGCGACGCAUACGUUGCCGAUAUCAAACCUCUCGCCAAGAAAUUCAAGGAAUAUCUCAUAUUUGCCACCACGGAUGUCAACCAAUAUCUUGAGAUGCCGGCUGUCAUGGGCCAUAAGGCUGCGUCUGCAAAGGUGCUUGCAGUGUCAAGCCCCAGCAACGGUGGUGUCUAUCCAUAUAGAGGCGGUAAGGACCUGACCUCCGAGGUGGUGGAGGCGUUCUUGAAUGAUAUCAGUGAGGGCAAGGUCAAGCCCUGGGACGGUAUGAACGCGCAUGAUGACGGGCAGAUAAAGCAUGAGGAGCUGUAA